AUGUCUUCAAUAAAUCUUCAAGAACGUCAAGAAUUAAUUCAAGCAUAUGAAAAUCAAUUAAAAGAAUAUUAUAAAAAAUUUGAAAAACUAUUAAGCGAACUUUCAUGGGAUAUAGAAUCUUUAAGAAUUCGUGAACAGGAAUCCAAGUCAUCAAUAACGUGUCCUUUUAAUUCUGCUCAUAAAGUUCCUACAAAAUCUUACGAGAAGCAUUAUAAAAAGUGUGAAUUAAAGUAUCAUGGAAUUACUGAUUAUGAUGUAAAGAAAUCGCUAGAAAAUGUCAAGGAUGGGUCUAUGAAUAUUGGAGUGGGUCAAAGUUUAACUGUUAGUCAAAGACUUGAAGCAUAUGAAAGGGAAAUUGCGAUGUCUAAUCAAAUCCGAGAAGAAAAUCAAAGACGAAGGCGCGACGAAUAUCAAAAUUUUGACGAAGUUUGGAAAGCCGUUCAGAAAAAAAAAGGAGAAAACCAAGGGCAAAAGUCACGUACUGAACUCCUUGCUGAACAACGUGAUUACAAACGUCGAAGGAAAUCUUACCGAGCAAAAAAUAUCAAGAUCACCCAACGUACUCCAACACAG